AUGACUGCUGCUGUAACCGAGGAAGUGAAGCAACUUGUCCAAGAAAUCAUGCGACUAGGAACUAAAAAUAGUAACGGUGUCUGGGUUGUCAAAUUCGGUGUCAUUGUCAGAGAUGAGCGUUGUGGGGAUAUCUUUGAAGCCCUGGUUGGAACACUCAAGGCUGCCAAAAAACGUGGAGUGAUUGAUUAUAAGUCUGAGCUCCUACUGCAGAACGUACACGACGACGUUGAUAUUAUCUUGCUGACAGAAAGUCCUCAGCAAUAA